ACCACGGUUUUCGUACUGAACUCUUGACUCUUUGACGUCUUUCACGCAUAUCUGUUAUAGGGUUAGUACGUAUGUGUGGGAACUAUUGCCGAAGGCGAAACAUAAUAGAAUUAAAAAGUUUUGACGGUCGUGUGAAAAAUCGAAACAAAUGUUGUAUUAUGGUGGCCAGAGAUUUAACCAAUACUUCUUUGUAAGGAAGUAUAUUAGGUUGUUUCAGCGUUGAAAAUGACUGCUCAGAAAACAAGAAUGCUAACUGCUCAAGAGCUGGUCCAGUUGCGGGUAAAGGUGGACAAAGUUCUGCCCACAAAAGGAACCAAAGAAUUUCAGCCUUCCAAUUCUUGGCUUGAAAAGAAACAGAUUCAAGCUGCCUUAAAUGAAAGGAAAAUUCUUCUUGAAGAAGAAAGAGUGGAAAGACUAGGAGCAUUGACAAGAGCAGAGUGGGAACCAGAACUGAAAAUUGCAAAAGUGACACAUAAAGUGGGUCGACACUGGAAACAAAUGGGUCAUGAAGUUGGUGGAAAACUCCAUCUGUUGCCAGAAGAAGCUUUAUUUUUGUUGGAAACAACAUGCCUUGAGCUCAUGCACAGUGGCAUAGCUAUGAGCAUCCAGGAUGGUUACAGCACACUGCUUGGCCCCAACACAGGCUGCACAUUCAACGAGUACCAAACUUACGUGCAUCUUGUACGUCAAGGCUACAUUGUUCUUCGACAUUCAAAGUCCAUCAAAGCAACUCGCUAUGAGCGGCAGAUAAGGCUUCACCAGUACAGUGUGGGACAAAAGCAACAUAAGACAAAGGAAAAUGCUUCAGUGCAGGAAAUAUUAAUUGAAGAUGGUGAAAUAGAUACCAAGGAAAAUACUGGGGUUAUAAAAUCACCUUUGGGUAGUGACAGCAUACAAAAUAAUAUGAAAAUAGAGGAGCAGGAAAUUAUUGAUCUGGAGACUGUAGAAACUGCGAAUAUAAAUGAUGACAAAGCACCUUUCAGAGACAUUAUAGAAAUGAAUGGUCUUUCUGAAACAAGUCAGUCUUUAGAACAGUUUAUUUCUAGAAGGAAGUCUUCGAAAUGUGAUGAUAUAAAGAGUACUUCUGCUGUAUUCGAUAAGACUGUGAGAUCAGAAGCUGUGGGGAUUAAUGUCGGUAGUGUAACUGAAAAUGAAGGUGGAGAAGAGGCACUUAAAGAUGAAACAUUAGUACAAGAAAAGGACUUGAAGAGACAGUGUGUUCCAGGAUUAAAUAACAAUUGCAAGACUGAUCUUGAACUCAUAACAUCUGUGCAUGAGCCAAAAUCUGGAGAAAAUGAAAAGCGUGUUGAUGGAGAAAGAGGUUCUAGUCCCAAAUUGCACAGCAAAAUCCAUGGUGUAAGUGGUGAGACGGGCGAGAGAGAAGCUGUCUGUGGCGUAACUAAAGAGUCCUGUGGGAUUAUGGCUGUCAGUGAUGAAACUGUGACAGUAAGCAAUUUAGAAGGCCCUGAGAGUGACAUUCACCCGCAAUAUGAACAGGGUUCAAAAGACAUUGAUGUUGUAAAUGAAAUCCCAUUGUCACACAUGACUGUAAGCAAGUGUGAUAGUUCUGUAUCAGAAUCAUUUAAAGUAUUAGAAUCAACAUCAGGUAAGAUGGCUGAUGUUACAAUUGUAGAUGAUAGUUCCACUUCAGUGGGUGUUGGUCAGAAAGAACAUUCUUCUGAAAUAGAGAUACAGCAAAUAGAACAUGAAGGUGAGAACAAGCAAAAACAGUUCGUGGGUGAUCGGAACGUAACGCAGAAACCUGAGAAAGUAUUCGUAGAUUGGAACGAAGUUGUAGACGUCAGUGACAGUAGUCAGACAUCACACCCAGAGAUAAAAAUCGAAUCUUCAUCUAAUAUCAGAACACGUGAUAUUCAGAACAAAACUUUAUUAGAAAAUAAUGAUGAAAUUGAAAUAGUCAAUAUAGUUGAUGGCAAGAGUGAUGUAGAUAAUGAAAUUGUUGAGGUAAACGGUGAACAAAUUCCUUCAACAUCUGGGGUUGGAUGCACUUCAAAAUCUAGGCGGAGAAGGUCAUAUCAAAACCGUAUGCGAAGGAAUGCUGUGAAAAAUGAAAUACAACUGUUAGAAAAGAAUACAAUUGCAGUAAAACCAGAUGUUGUCGAUGCUGAAAAUGACACUGUGGCUAAUGUUAGACUGUUAUCUAUGCAGAAUUCGAAUCUUGGUCAUAGCCGCAGACAUCUCUCAAAAGAUAUUACCUGUCUUGGCAAGAAGAAAGUAACAAGCAUUCAGUUGGAACAUGAUGAGAGAAAGAUUACACCCAGUAUCAUAGACAUUUCAGAAGAGCAGGGGAAGCUUGAAAUUCCGGUAGUGGAUCUGGAAGAUGAAGAUGUAAGACCAGAGCUCUCAUGGGAGGAAGAGAGAAUGAAAAUUCUGGAUUCUAUCCCUAGUAUGGAUGGAAAGGUUAUUAUACAUGUGAGCGUGCCUGAUAAGAGUCUUCUACCACCAAAUAUUUGUCCCCAGAAUAAAGACUAUUAUAUUCAAAAAUAUCGUCUUAGUUCACCAGGAAUUGGUGGAAAGCCGAUAGCUGAUUUGCCAGAUGACAGGGCUCAUGAGCGGUCUCCCCAGACUGAUGGACAGAUAAACCCUUGGAUUCAAAAUUCUACCUACAAUUUUGGUGGUGGUGGUGGUGGUGGUAACAUGUUUGGUGCAGCUGGUUUGUGGAGUAAUAGUACCUUUCCUAUGGCAGGUCACUUUGUGAACCAACAUUAUCAAACUCCAUUCCCUGGAAGAUUUGAAUUUCAGGCUGUAUUGCAUCAGGCUGUUGCUAUGUUGUCAGCACUUAGUAACCCUGCUUUACAAUACAAUCGAAUGUUUGGUAUGCCUGCUCUGGCACCCAUGCCUCAGCAUUCAAGGAUUCCAUAUGGUCAUCGUCCGUUGUGGCAUUAUCAAACUAGACCAUAUUAUCAUCGACCAUACUACAAAAGGAGAGGUCGGAGAUUUGAAACACAGUACUAUAGGACACCUGUGAAACUUGGGAGACAUUUUGAAAACCAAGGCAACAGUAGCAGUGACAUAAUUCCAUUUCGUGUUGAUGAAGUCAGAGAACCAGCACAGAGAGCACCCUCUAGAAAUGAAGUUGGCAACAGUGACGAUGACGAUGACGAUGACGAUGAUGAUGAUGUGAUUGAAUGUGUGUCAGUAUCUUCUCCAGUGAAAGUAGAAAAUGAAUCAAUGGAUUGGAAGUCAGAUGAAGGGCAAAGUCAUGACAGUAAUAAAAAUGGAAUUGAUAGACCUAAUGUUGGUACACCUCAGAAACGGAAGGUAUCAAAGAAUGCAAAGGAUUCUGAACCCCCAAAGAAAUUACGAAUGUUUAUUGAGAAGGAAGAGGAAAGAAUGAAAGAUGUUUUGAAGGCUGAAGUUCAGAAAGAACCCCACCAAGAGGUACUGCAGCAGGAAGAUAUGGCAGCUACUGAUGUCAAGAGCUGGAGGGACUUCAAAACUGUUAUGCAAGUUGUGGUCCUAGACUCAAGUAGUGAGGAUGAAGAUGAUGUUCAUAUAAUUGUUGAUGAUACUCAGGGACCAGAAAUGGAAAUUAAUGAGCCUUUGGUUCAACCAGAGGAUUGCAGAGAUAUAGGUUUAAUCUUGAAGAAGCUGCAGAUAAUUAAGUCCAUGAAUUUAGAGCAAGAGAGACAGUGUGAUAAAACUGAAAGACUGAAGAUUAGUUUUGACCUGUACCUGCCCAGUGCAACAUUCCGCAAAGCUAGUCCAGGCCUUCCUAACUACAGGAUCACCAUUGUUGGGUGUGAGGAUCCUAUGCCUGAACCAAAAGAAGUGGCUGCACUCCUGAAAGACUUUGAAGAUGAUGUGCCUCUGCUGUUUGCUAUUGUCCUCCCAAACACAGUGACGUUCCUGCAGUUUGGAAGUGUUACGCUACCUGUCGAGACAUUUUGUCCGUAAUGUUUAUACAUGUUUUUGAUUAUAAUAUGCUACAUAAGAAUUUAGGUCUUAAUAUUUAUUUUGUAUAUUUAUGCAAGAUAUCUUAAAAUUUUGCUGUGAAGUUUUAUAUUCUAAUCUUAUGAAGUCCUACCAUAGGUCUACUGCCACAGCCAUAUUUUAAGUUCAUUUAAAAGCCACUAGCUGGAUGUCAGUAAUUGAAUUUUUUUUAACAUGAAGCCCCCAGACACGAUUUCUCCUAAAGCCCUCAUUCACAGUUGAUUAUGUUUUGCAUAUAGUAAAGAAAAUAACCCAAUUGUCGAUGUGGUUUAGUUAACAGGUGCCUGGCAUUGGAUGUAAUCUUAUGUAAUAUAAUGGUAACAGUGUUUUGAAGUUACAUAGUUAGCAGAAAGUCAGCUAAAGAGAACGUGAAAGAAUUUGGCUGUUCUGAGAGAGGUACUGAUUGUGAAUCUUAAAACAAAUCAUGGGAUAGCCACCAGUGAUAUAACAUUACAAUCAUACCAAUUUUAAUUAUAAUUCUUCAUGAACGUAUUAUUUUCUGUGAGUCAUUUGUGUCACCAUUUUUCAAUGUAUUUAUUAGCAUUAUAAUUAUUAGCGAAUACCAGAUAUGAUAUAUAAAUAUACAUUUAGUUUUUCUUACAUAAUUUUUAUACUAAGCUUUUUCGUUAGUUUCAUGAAAAUGUAUAUACAAAUUUUGUUCCUACCUCCUAGAUAACAUCCUGCAUACCUGUUACUAAUAUCAAGAGUUCAGAAUGCUAGUGUGUUAUGGUUUAUGAUGACUGCAUGUGUGAUGAACUUUAGAGGGCUGUGAAGUGGUUAUGGAUUAUGUAAAGAUACUGAUGAAAUUGAGGAAAACCACACAAGAAGACACAAUAGUCAGAAUAAUAGAGAUCUGUAACAAACAUGGUUCAGUAUGCAUUACACCUUGAGUUUAGCAGAUACAUUUCUAAAUAGCAAUUUGAGCUUCAUCAGAAUUAGUAUCAGGUACUAAUGCAUGAGCAUGUAUUGAGCAUUUCAUUAACUUGGUAAGGUAAAGUUGUCCCUGUGCUUAACUAAUUAAGCACUACACAAUUAAAGGCAUAUGGGGAGUGGAUGU